AUGGAUCCAUACAUCCGUGCUCAGGAGUUGAUACAAUGUGACCUAUGUAAGACUGAAAUGGUACAAAUUCACUGCGAUACUUGCCAUGUUAAACUGUGCAAUACCUGUAUUGGAGAACACAUGACAGCCAAUGAUUCCACGAAAAAACACGAGAUUGUUAGAUUCAUAUUUCGAAAAUCAAUUCCAAUUUUUCCACAAUGUUCCUUUCAUGACAAAGAAAAAUGUGAAAUGUACUGUAAACAAUGUGAAGUUCCUGUCUGCAUCACUUGCAUUGCAUCUGAACAACAUUCCAUUUUGGAUGAAAGGAAAGAAAAGAUAAUCAAAGAACGAAAAGAACUAUGUGAUACAAUACUUCCAACCUACGUCGACAUUGCAUCCAAAGUAGAAAAUAUGAUAGAGCAGUUAGAAAAGGAAUAUGAAGAUCUCUCAAUAACCAUAACAAAACAUGGGACUAUGAAGAAACAUUUAGAUGAAAUAAAGGAGAAAAUUUGUGACAUAAAGGAUGGAAUUAAAUCAAUUGAUGUUGAAACAGACUCCCAGGACAUUUCAAAAUUUUUUAAUAUAAAAUUUGAUGUACUAACAUUUAGAAAACUUCCACUAAAAGUUAUCCCACAUUUACCAAAAUUCACUCCAGGGACAGCUAAAGAAGAGGAUUUUUGUAACCUGUUCCGAACUUUAUCAUCAGGUAAAUUUACAUUCGAAGAACAUGGCUACAGUAUAAAAACAACAGAGAAACCAUCCAAAGCUCGAUCCUCUCCUCCAAGCAAACAGCUGCUUGAUGAACCAGAGAUCAUCAAUACCAUACACACCGAAUAUGAAACAUUUCUAAACAAUGUGGCCUGUGUGCGUGAUGAAGAAAUUUGGACUAGUGGAAUUGAAAGCAUGAAACUAUUCAGCAUCAGUCAGGGCUCUCUACUCAAAACCAUCAAAACCAAGACAGGGUACAUUCCCAGUGACAUAGCAGUAACAAAACAUGGACAUCUUAUUUAUUCUGAUCAUAGAGACAGAACUGUUAACAUUGUAAAAAAUGAAGAGAUUGAAACUUUGAUCAGACUACAGAACUGGAUUCCUCGCAAUAUCUGCAGUACUUCCUGUGGUGAUCUUCUGGUUGUUAUGAACAGAAAUGUCCAAGAAUCAAAGGUUGUCCGCUACUCUGGUUCCAUAGAGAAACAAACAAUUCAGUUUGAUUAUAAAGGUAAACCUCUCUUUUCAUCCCAUAAUACUAAAUACAUUCAUGAGAACAAGAACCUGGAUAUUUGUGUGGCUGACUUUACUGCUGGAGAAGUAGUGGUUGUCAGUCAGGCCGGGAAAUUGAGAUUCAGGUAUACUGGACAUAUUUCUACACUGAAUAAACAAUCGUUCAGACUAAGAGGAAUUACCACAGACAGUCAGAGUUUUAUACUUAUAGCUGAUUUUAACAAUGAAUGUGUACACAUCAUUGAUCAGGAUGGUCAGUUCCUCUCAUGCAUAUACUGUGGUCUGCGUAAGCCCUUGGGCUUGUGUAUAGAUACAAAUGACUAUUUAUUUGUUGCUCAAUGGGAAAACAGACAGGUGAAGAAAAUCAAAUAUCUCAGUGAAAAACAACCAGAGUGA